AUGAUGAGAGCAAGUCACUAUACCAGUUUGCGUUUUGACCUGCUGGACAAUGAGAAACCUCCACACAGAUCAUCAAACUUCAUGGACCUCUUGCAUCAAAGUGGUUUUGGGCUCGCAAUUCUAGCGCUACUGCGUUGCAAAGAGGGUGACUUCGCCUGCCACUUUGGGAUUAAGUGUUCAAGCUUUUGUAGAAUCAACGUGGGUACAUCACGCAGAACAGCUUGCGGUGCACUGGGCUACGUAAAGUUUCAGUCAGUGAAGAACGGGAACGGGCUGUUGGAAAGGACAGCAUUGAUGGUGUUGUUGGCCACGGUUUUGGGGGGAUGCUGGUCAUUGGAGCAGCCGGGUGGAAGUCUCCUUGAAUACUACCCCACAUGGAGGAUGGUCAUCAGAAAGGUAUUCGAAUGGGGCGGCCCAUACGCCGUACAGGUCGUACGCUUUUGGAUGGCCCAUUACAAAUCUAUGACGAGCAAGCGACACUAUUGCUAUUCCAACAGUCCAGAAAUCUUAAAGUUUGACAAAGGCGUCUUACCUCGAAAUUGGAACUCUUCCAGUUCAAAGGUGGCCACUGCCCAUCAUUACGUUGACAAGAAGGGCAAGCGGAGAUACAAGGGCACCAACAGCCUCAAGAAAACGGAGCAAUACCCGAUGCCCUUUGCCAGGGCUUUCUGUGACAUGAAGGAGGCCAUGAAACGAUCCAGCAGUGGCCGUCCUCAGAUUCCAGACCCUUUGCCACCAGCAAUGCAUACGCUCACUGUUUUGCAGUGGGAGGACACUGACUUUUGGGAGUUCGCAGACCUACCAAAUUUCUACGAAUACCUACCAAAUUUCUACGAAUACCUUAGGGGCUGCAAAUAUCUUCGGAUUCCUGAAUUGUGGAAGCCACAUUUCCCCAAAACUCUCUCCUAG